GUUGAAUGAAGACCCGACGAUCAAUCCGUUCCUGAAGAACGAAUACGAGAAAAAGGAAGAAGUUCGUUAUGAGGAUGACCCAGUUUACGAACAGCCAAGGACUCGUCAAGAAAGUUCUGCUGUUCGUCGUCAUGCUGAUGCUGCUGAAAGAAAGGAAAUCUCGUCAAAAAAGCCCAAGUAUGACUCCAUCAUAGACAAAGCUGUGGAUGAUCUUCUGGCCAUCAUCGCAAAUCCCAAGUUAUUUCGCGUACAGGAAAGCAAAAACAAAAGAGGAAGUGAAAGACUAAUUGGGCAAAUUGGUACUGGGUCAUCUGCCAGUCGGUCAAAUCACGGUCACACACCCGCCAGUCGUCAAGCGCCGGUUGGUCUAACCAUCAGCCAGGGCAGUCCUUGGCCUUGCCAAUCCCCAGUCCACCAAACUGCAGUCCGGUCACCUGAUUGGUGGGGCACCCAAACAAUUGGGUG